AUGACAUCAACGAAUAAUAUAGACAAAGUCAAAACUUAUUUAUUAGCUGCAAGUGGACGAAGAACUAUACGAAGUACACCAUGGAUAGAUGAUGUACCAUCGGAAAGUUUUACUUUACCGAAAUAUGAAGUCGAAGUUCUUGAUAAAGCCAAACGUGAAAAUACAGUUGUCUGUCUACAUAGUAAUACAUCAAAAAAUUUUCUUAUUAUUAAUGUUAUACGAGAAUAUUCAUAUGGUACUCAACGAAAUUUUGAUGAAGGUGGUCAACGUAUUAUUUGUCUUUCAAUGGAACAAGAUCCUGUUGCAUUAGCUGAAAUGAUUCAUCGUCAUUUACCAGUUGAUGUUGGAUCAUUUGGUAUUGAACAUGGAGUACUUCUAUGGAAAAAAGAACAAUGGUUACAAGAAAUGCAAAUACGUUCUGUAUCAGUUAUGCAUCCAACUGUUUUUCAUGAAUUACUUAAUCGAAAUUAUAUAGAAUUUUCACAUAUUAAAUUAUUAAUUCUCGAUGAAUGUCAUCAGGCUAUUCGUGAUCAUGCAUAUGGAUCUAUUCUUAAACAAUAUAAAAAUCUUUGGACUAGAAAGGAUAAUAAUAAUAUUCAAUUACCUCGUCUUUUUUCAAUAACUACAGCUUUACUUAAAACACAUUGUACACCAAUACAACUUGAAGAACGUAUUGAAAAUUUACAUAAUUUGUUUUGCUCAACUGUUUUUACUGCUACGGAUCUUAUUUGUCGUCAAUCGAAUCGAUUAUCAAAAGUACCAAAAGAAACAAUUAUUGUGUGUAAAAAUAAUAAUAAAAAACAACCUGAUAUUGCACUUGAAAUAAUACGAGAACUUCAUGAAGCUCUUGAUUAUUUAAAUAAAUUAGAACCGUCACAAAUCUCAUCAUCAACUAAUUCCGACGAAAAUCCAUCACCAUUAACUAUUCCUCGUCAAGUACUUACGGAAUGUUUACGUCUUGUUGAUAAACUAGGCAUUUGGGCAUUACUUCGUUCAUCAUUACCAAUCAUAACUCAAUUAGAACGUCUUUCAAGUAUGGCUAUUGAACAAAAUACUGUUACAUCUUCUUCCUUAUCCUCGACUUUUUCUUCAUCUCAUCUUUCUCUCUCAUCACCACGUGCAUAUUCAUUAUUUCUUGAUUGGACUUGUACAUUACUUCGUCUUUGGAGAUCACGUAUUAAAACUGUUAUUGAAACACUUGAUUCUCAUACAUUAUUUGAACAAUAUACAACAUCAAAAUUACGUUCAUUAUUUGAUAUAUUAAAACGUUUUCAAUCGGAUGCAACCAAUGUACAUACUCGUCGUUGGUCAGCAAUUAUAUUUGUUGAUCGUAAACAAGAAACAGCUGUACUUAAUGCUCUACUAAAAGAUGUAACAAAACGUUUUGCUGAUGAAUAUUCAUUUAUUCGGCCCAAUUUUUUAAUUGGAUAUUCAACAAUGCAACCAACAGAUGAUUUAUCGGCUAGUCAACAUAUUCAGCCGAUGGAUAGUCGAAAACAAGAAGAAGUAAUGCGUAAAUUUCGACUUGGUGAAAAUAAUAUUAUUGUUGCAUUGAGUUCUCUCGAAGAAUUAAAAGAUAUACCAGAUUGUAAUUUAGUUAUUCGAUUUAAUGUACCGACUAAUUAUCGAUCGUAUAUGCAAUCAAAAGGCAAAGCACGAGCUCAAACACCACAUUUUUACAUGCUUGUUGAACAAGACGAAUAUGAUACAUUUCUAACAAAUCUUAAUUCAUAUAAAGGCAUUGAACAGGUUUUAACAAAAGAUUUUCAAGAGAUCAAUAAUUCUCUUUCAUCAACAACUAUCGAACGUGAACGAAUGCCAAAUGCUAUUGAAGUAAUAAACAGAUACUGUGCUCGACUUCCAUGUGAUGCUUUAACAACACUAGUUCCAUCAUGUGAAAUAAAAAAACUUGAUCAUGAACAAUAUCAAUGUAUUCUCUCAUUACCUGUGAAUUCACCAGCAAGAACAACAAUCACUGGCCCUAUUCGUUCAACAGUUAAACAAGCAAAACUUUCUUCAGCUAAACGUCUUUGUGAACAUCUUUUACAAGCAGGUGAAUUGAAUGAAUUUUUACUACCUGAAACACGUGAACAAUUUUAUCUUCGUCAUUCAACUAUUGACGAUGAUGAUUUUACUGAAUGGGGUUCCUAUUUUGAACCAAAUCCAAAACCUGGCUCAAUUCAACGUAAACAACUUUAUAAUAAAGCUAUUAUGCCUGAACCAAUUUCAACAUAUAAUUCUUCAGAUUUUUUUGUUUAUUGUAUCAAUGGUGAAUUAACAACACCAUUAAUUCAGCCUAAUGAACAACAAAAAUCAACAAUUAUUUAUACACAUGAAUCUAAUCCAAGUCGAAUUGGUCUCUUAUCAGCAAAUUAUCUUCUUGAAAUUCCAGCAUUUUCAUUAUUUUCUCGUGCCGGUGAAGAAACUUAUAAUCUUGAAAUGAUUAUGAAAAAUAUUCAUUUUUCAUCAGAUGAAUAUCGAAUGUUACAAACUGUUCAUUAUUAUUUAUUUUCUUCUAUACUUGGAUUUGAUCGUCCAUUAGUUAAUUUUAAUCCUGAACAAACUCAAUCACAUUUAGUUAUUAUUUUAUUAAAAAAAGAUCCAUCAGGUUUAUAUACAAUUGAUUGGAAAUUAACAAAAGAUAUAAUUACAUUUAUUCAAUCAAUGUUUCUACAAAAAUAUACUCUAGAUAAUCCAUAUAUAUUUAAUGCUAAUGAUUUUAAUCAAACGUGUAUUGUUUUACCAUCAUAUCGUCGUUCAACACAACCACAAUAUUAUAUUGUUAAUUCUAUUGAUACAAAUAAAAAUCCAUUAUCAUCAUUUCCAUCUAUAUCAACAAUAUAUGAUACAUUUUCAUCAUAUUAUGAAAUAAAAUAUGAAUUACGUUUAACAAAUAAAACUCAACCAUUAUUAUGUGUAUCACAUACAUCACAUCGUAUGAAUCAAUUAAUUCCACGUUAUAUGAAUUUUAAAACAAUGAAAUCAACAAAUGGAAAUCGAAAUACAAAUCGUACAAAUCAACAUACGAAACCAAAUGGUUCAACACAUCAUCAUCAUCACCAUCAUCAUCAGGGAGUUUUUUUAAUACCAGAAUUAGUUAUAAUACAUCCAAUUAAUUCACAAUUAUGGCAAGGAAUUAUAGCAUUACCUAGUAUGCUUUAUAGAAUUAAUUGUUUAAUAUUAGUUGAACAAUUAAGAAGAACAGUUGCAUUAGAAACAGGUGUUGGUGUUGCAUGGGCACCAGAAGAUGGUCAAUUUGAUAAAUUAGGUUUUGAUUGGGAUGAAAAAAAAGAAGCACAAUUUUCAGCUUUAUUAGAUAAUAAUGAUACAUAUUUUACAGAUGAACCAAUUGAUCCAAAUUGGAAUUUUGAAAUUAGUGUUUGGAAUGAAAAUGAUAUACAUAAUUGGACAAAUGAUUCAGCAUGGCUUGAAGCUAAAGAUCGUUGUAUUAUGAUUAAUGCUGCUGAUUUUGAAGAUGGUGAUUUUGAUGAUGAUAUGGAUCUUGAAUAUGAUGAAGAAGAAGAUCAACAUACAUCUCCUUCUAUUCCUCCUCCUCUUUCACAACAAAGUGGUCAACCUAUAUCAACUUGGUCAACUGUUCCACAACAACAAUUAAAUGAAUCAUCAUCAGACGAUGAUGAAGAUGACGAUGAUGAUGAUGAAUAUAUAAAACAAAACAAUACAUUAAGAUCAUUAAAUCGUAAAAAACAAGAAAAAAAUUCUUUAACAGAAACCAAAGUAACCAAUUAUCAUAUUGAUUUACCACGUUUACAUGAAGAUCUUAAAACAAAAUCAAAAAAAUUUCUUUCGAAACUCAUGGCUAAUACACAACCAACAAUUGAUUUAACUAAACAAGAUGAAAUUGAUCUUUUUUCUUCGAUUGAAUUAACAACAAAUAAUUCUAAAAAAUUAAUUAAUGAUAAAUCAAAUUAUUUAACUAAUGUUCAAAUUGAAGAACCAACACAAAUUUAUCAAUCACCUAUUUCUUCUGUUAUUCAUUUUGAACCAACUCCAAUCAUUAAACGUCUAUUAAAUAUUGAAGAAGUUCUACAUGACGAUGAUGAUGAUGAUGAUGAUGAUGAAAAAGAAAAAGAAAAAGAAAAAGAAUUAAAACAUUCAUCACCAUUACCAUCAAAUCAUUCUUCAAUUUCAUUUCAAACAAAUAAUACUCUUGUAUUAGAAAAUGGACAUGAUAGUGGCAUAAUUGAUGAUUUUUCUGAACCAUUAAAUAUAAAUUUAGAUUUUGAAUAUUUACCUGAAUCUCAUCCUGGUCCAUCACCAGCAUUACUUUUACAAGCUUUAACAUUAUCAAAUGCUGGUGAUGGUUUUGAUCUUGAACGACUUGAAACAGUUGGUGAUUCAUUUCUUAAACAAGCUGUUACAGUUUAUAUUUAUUGUACAUAUACACAAGUACAUGAAGGAAAAUUAAGUUUUUUUCGUUCGAAAAUUGUUUCAAAUUAUAAUUUAUAUAAACUUGGUAAACGAAAAUUAUUAGGAGAAUAUUUAAUUAGUACGAAAUUUGAACCAUUUGAAAAUUGGAUUCCACCUUUGUUUACAUCGGGAUCACCAAAUGAAUAUGGUUUAUUAUCAAGUUCAGGUGUAGAAUUAUGGACAAAAUCUGAAUCGACAACAAGUGUCGAUUGGAUUGAAUUACAAGAACGUCGUGAACAACGAAGAUUAGCAAAAAAUAAUCUACAAUCAUCACCAUCAGUACCAACAUCAUCAAUUACAAUGUUAAAUAAUCAAACGACACCUAAUUUUUCAACAAAAAUAUCAAUCAAUGAACAACAAUGGACUCCAUCGUAUGAUCGUCGUACACAACAUUUAAUAUCAGAUAAAAGUAUUGCAGAUGCAGUUGAAGCUUUAAUUGGAGCUUAUUUGAUUGCUAGUGGGCCCAAAGCUGCUCUUCGAUUUAUGGCUUGGCUUGGAAUACGAAUAUUUCCUAAACUUCGACUCGAGGAUGGAACAGAAAUGACUGGUGAACUUCCACCAUUACCAUCACCCGUUGACUAUUGUAAUCCAUCAGUUCUAUCAACAAUUCAAUCUUAUGAUUUCGAUCGAUUUGAACAAUUAAUUGGUUAUCGUUUUCAUCAACGAGCUUAUCUCAUUCAAGCAUUCACUCAUGCUUCUUAUUCUUAUAAUACAAUAACAGAUUGUUAUCAACGUUUAGAAUUUCUUGGUGAUGCUGUACUUGAUUAUGUUAUAACUCGUUAUCUAUAUGAACAUCCUAAACGUCAUUCACCCGGUGAAUUAACAGAUCUUCGUUCUGCUCUAGUCAAUAAUAAUAUCUUUGCAUAUAUAGCUGUUAAAUAUGACUAUCAUAAAUAUUUUCGUUGUCAUUCAAAUGAAUUAUUUCUUUUAAUUGAUAAAUUUGUUCAAACACAAAAAGAUAAAUCAACAUGGUGUGGUUUUGAUGAAUGUAAUUUAGGUGAUGAUGACGAUGAAAAUGAUGAAUUUUUUUAUUAUGAUUUUUUAACAUCAUCAGCAUCGAAUAAUAAAGAUACAUAUAGUAAUACAAUAACAUCAUGUACAAUUGAUGAUGAACAUCUUUCAAAUUCACAUGAUGAACAAAAUGAUGAAUCAACUACUGAAGCAGAUGAAUGGGAAGAAACAGAAGUUCCAAAAUGUCUUGGUGAUAUAUUUGAGUCUGUUGCUGGUGCAAUAUUUCUUGAUUCAAAUAAAUCAUUUAAUACAGUAUGGAAAAUAUAUUAUCGUAUGUUAAAACCUUUUAUUGAAAAAUUUACAACUAAAGUUCCAAAAUCACCAAUACGUGAAUUACUUGAACUUGAACCUGAAACAGUAAAAUUUGAAAAACCUGAACGUUUACUUGAUGGUCGAAUACGUGUUACAGUUGAAAUAAUUGGUAAAGGACGUUUUAAAGGUGUUGGACGAAAUUAUCGAAUAGCAAAAAAUGCAGCAGCUAAAUGUGCUUUGAAAAAUUUACGUCGUCUUGAUUGA